AUGCAAGCCACAUCUUUGAGCGCAACUGGGCUCAAAUUCCACUUCAUUGUGGUCGGAGGAGGUGUUGCUGGCCUUGCUGCAGCUGCAGCUCUUACGCGCGUUGGGCAUCGCGUGACGGUCCUGGAGAAGGGCGAUGGCAGCUCGAACCAGGGUCCUGGUGGCAUUUAUGUACCGCCCAACAUGUCGAAAGUGCUCUUCCACUGGGGCUUAAGGGAUAAGAUAGAAGAGGUUGGCUUGACGACACACCCUCUACUCUUCUUUCAAUAUCAUACGGGGCAACUCCUUGGCAUGCAACAUUGGGACGACGAACUGCUAAGAGAGACUCGGGGAGAGUUCAUCCUCAUGACGCAUGGCGACCUAUGUCAGAUACUCCACGAAGCAGCGGCGUCGCAAGGCGCCGAGAUUCGGUACAACGCGCAAGUGGUUGAUAUCGAGCCUGAAGAUGGCGAGGUGAAGCUGGCGUCCGGGGAGAUUAUGCGAGCAGACCUCAUCAUCGGCGCUGAUGGCGAGCGGGGCAUGUGCCGGCGCAUGGUACUUGGACGUGAGGAACGCAUCCAGCCUUCUGGGAUGGUGCUGUUCGAGUGCAAUCCCGUAUAUUGCGCAAUGGGAAACGGUUGCGGCUCCACGGGAUACCCUAUUGUAAGCCGCGAAAUCAUGUUCCAUCAGUUCUUCAGAGGAGAUUUCCCAUUGGAGGGUAGCUACAGCGACCCACCAACGGCAAAGGCGGAGCUCGUUAGCCUCCUGCCCUCCGAGAUACACCCAACUCUGUAUCAUGGCGUGCGCGGCGCAGAUCGGGUCACCCGUGUGGCCAUCAACAUCUACGAAAACCUCGAAGAUUGGGUGCACGAGAGCGGGCGUCUACUUGUCAUAGGGCAGGCAGCUCAUCCCAUUGCGUCUGGUAGCAUUCAGGUCACUGCGAUGGCCAUCGAAGAUGCCGCCGUCCUUGGAAGACUUUAUCAGUACCUGACUAUCCCUGAACAAGCGUCGGAGUUCCUCUACGCAUUCCACGACCUCCGGAGGCAGCGCUGUCAAGAUGUGCUGGAGGGCGAAGUGUCCAUGGUCAGCUUGAUCACCAGGGUGCACGGCCCCGAACAGGAACAGCGGGACAACGGGAUGCGAGCGAAGUACCACGCGGGGAAGAACGUCCUCGAGGGCGACGACACUGGCGGCGGCGAGGGCGAACAGUGGGUCACCAUCCGCACGAUCUUCGGCUACGACUGCGAGGACGAGGCCGAUGACUGGUGGUUCCAGUGGGGCCUGCUGCGCGCGCGCGCGAACAGCGACGGCCAGAACCGUCAAUCCCAGAUGGGCGUAUUCAGUUGGGCUAACAUGGGCAUCCAGUCUGUGGACAUGACGACGAUGGCAUGA